CUGUCCAGUCCUCUGUCCUCACCUUAUCCCCAAAACCCUAUCAGCCCAAAACCGAACCCACACCUCUGCGGCUCUGCCCUUCCCAUGGCGGCCACGCUAUUCUCCACCUCCCUCUUGCCCCAGUUCCUCUCCCUCUCCGCUAAGCCCGCCGCCGCCGCCCCGUCCGCCGCCGCCUUCCCAUCGGGGCUGCCGCAGCUCCACGCGCUGUCCGCCGCGGCGGUGGGCUUUAGGCCGCUCGAGCCCGUGCGAGCGGCCGCGACCGCGGCCGUGACGGAGGAGCUCGAGGCGGAGGGGCGUUCGGGCGGGGACGAGUUUUCAGAUGAUCUCAGGGUCUUCGUCGGUAACCUUCCGUUCAGCGUCGACAGCGCCCAGCUCGCGGGACUUUUCGAGCAGGCCGGCUCCGUCGAGAUGGUCGAGGUUAUCUAUGACAAAUUGACGGGAAGAAGCCGUGGAUUCGGGUUUGUGACCAUGUCUUCGGUCGAAGAGGUUGAGGUGGCUGUUGACCAAUUUAAUGGCUAUGUGCUUGAUGGAAGAAGUUUGAGGGUGAACUCUGGGCCGCCACCACCCAGAGAUCGGUCAUCACCGUCACCGCAAAGACCCAGGGGUGAUGCCAACAGGGUCUACGUGGGUAACCUUUCCUGGGGAGUUGACAAUUCAGCUCUCGCAAACCUGUUCAGUGAGCAAGGUGAGGUACUGGAAGCAAGGAUCAUCUAUGACAGGGAGAGUGGAAGGUCAAGGGGGUUUGGUUUUGUCACGUACGGUUCCGCCGAAGAGGUUGAGAAUGCAAUAUCUAAUCUCGAUGGCGCUGACUUGGACGGCAGACAGAUCCGUGUUACGGUAGCAGAGUCGAAGCCACCUAGGCAGCAAUACUGAAAUUCCUCUUGAGAUUUUUGUAGGUGUACCGGUAGCCCAAACUCUGGAUUAUAGUGACGCCAGUCCUGGAUUUGGUCUCGAGAUUCAUUGAAGUUAAAAAGCCCUCAUGUAUAUGGCUCACUAUUUAUAUACAUGUAAUAUUGGAUUCCCGUGUUCAGUGUCCUUUUGUAUCAAUUUGGCUGCAUAGUGUCUUGUGGCACUUCAAAGGACAUAGAUUGUUGACGGGCAACCAAACCUCAAGAAAGUAUCUUGUAUUGUUUCUUGUCUCGUGUGGUUUGUUCACUA